CGGUAACCUUACCUACCUCGCCGUCGCUAUAUCUCGCCCCAAAAUAGAUAUGAGAGGGCUCAUCGCAAUCCGCCCCUCGGCCGCUCUUCUCUCCGCCGAUCUUUUCCAUCUUGCUUACCGCCGCCACCUCCCCCUCCUCGGUCGCCGGAGUCCUAUUGUACCGUUACGGACGCCGAAUUCUGGUGGCCGCCGACUUGCCACGAUCUCCGCCAUGGCUUCCGCCUCCAAGGCCGAGGAUGCUAGGGUCCCGCCCGCACUCCAGCUCGCGCCUCCGCCCGUCUCCAAGUUUAAGAUCGCGCUCUGCCAGUUGUCUGUGACGCCGGACAAGGAUAGGAACAUUGCGCAUGCUCGGAAAGCGAUCGAGGAGGCUGCCAGCAAGGGGGCACAGCUUGUUCUGUUGCCAGAAAUAUGGAAUAGUCCAUAUUCAAAUGAUAGUUUUCCAGUUUAUGCUGAAGAUAUUGAAGCUGGUGGUGAUGCAGCUCCAUCUUUUACAAUGCUUUCUGAUGCUGCUCGCAGUCUGCAAAUUACUAUAGUUGGCGGGUCAAUUCCAGAACGCUCUGGUGGUCAUUUGUACAAUACAUGCUGCAUAUUGGGCACUGAUGGGAAGCUCAAGGGCAAACAUAGGAAGAUACAUCUGUUUGACAUUGAUAUUCCGGGGAAGAUCACAUUCAAGGAGUCAAAGACGCUCACUGCAGGGGAGCACCCUACUAUUGUGGACACAGAUGUUGGACGAAUUGGUGUUGGUAUUUGCUAUGACAUUCGAUUUCAGGAGCUAGCCAUGUUGUAUGCAGCAAGAGGUGCUCAUUUGAUAUGCUACCCUGGGGCAUUUAACAUGACCACUGGCCCCUUGCACUGGGAGUUGCUUCAAAGGGCAAGGGCUGUUGAUAAUCAGUUAUUUGUAGCAACUUGUUCUCCUGCUCGGGACACUGGCGCUGGCUACACUGCAUGGGGUCAUUCCACACUAGUUGGACCUUUUGGAGAAGUGAUAGCAACUACAGAGCACGAGGAGACGACGAUCGUGGAAGAGAUCGAUUAUUCUCUAAUUGAGCUGAGAAGGUCUAACCUUCCCAUGGGGAGCCAAAGGCGCGGCGAUCUGUAUCAACUGGUGGAUGUGCAGAGGCUGAAGUCGCAGUAGAUGAAAGUACUUUAAGUUGGUGUUCUUCGUUCAAAUAACCCAACAAUUCCACCUGCAUGUUGAGAAUGAACUACCAUGCAUUUCGACUAUCUUUUGUAUCGAUUCUCUAUAUGGAUUUUUUCGAGUGCCUUAUCAGCUUAAAAGACACCCAUUGAUGCCUUCUUCA